CCUUUAGGCUGAUUCCCAUGCAGCCUAACUCGCGUAAGCGUAAACUGCGUCAUCCAACCAAAUUGUCUUAGCUACUCUACACAAAUCCGUCUAGACUCUUAUUAGACGAUUUGAUUAGUUUACGCUUACGCAAGUUACGCUGCAUGGGAGUCAUAACCCUUAACCUACCCAAAGUACAUACAUGGGAGAAUUCUGGUGGUAUUUCUGAACGUAGUCUAAUUUGGCUGCGUUGGUUGGCUGAGACCCAUGCACAUAUUUAAUCAUAUUUAAGGACUACAGCGUUUUAUUACGUUUGCGUUGUUUGAAAAACAUUAUUAUCAUUAAAGAUGUCGAUGGUUGCUAAUAUACAAGAAGUUCGCGAGAUCACUAAAAUAGAACGCAUUGGUGCUCAUUCUCACAUUAGAGGUUUAGGACUGAAUGAUAGUUUAGAACCUCGCAAUGUCUCCCAAGGUAUGGUUGGUCAGCUUAUGGCACGUCGAGCUGCUGGCGUUAUCCUGGAGAUGAUUAAGGAUGGUAAAAUAGCAGGUCGUGCAGUUCUAUUGGCUGGACAACCCGGAACUGGAAAAACCGCCAUUGCUAUGGCAAUGGCACAAGCUUUAGGUGUAGAUACUCCUUUUACAUCAAUGGCUGGUUCUGAAAUUUUCUCUUUAGAAAUGAGUAAAACAGAGGCUUUAACUCAAGCUAUUAGAAAGUCUAUCGGAGUCAGAAUUAAAGAAGAGACAGAGAUCAUAGAAGGUGAAGUAGUAGAGAUUCAAGUUGAUAGACCAGCAACUGGAAUUGGAGUAAAAAUUGGCAAAUUAACAUUAAAAACAACCGAGAUGGAAACAAUUUAUGAUUUGGGAAAUAAAAUGAUUGAUUGUUUAAUGAAAGAGAAAGUACAAGCUGGUGAUGUUAUAACAAUCGACAAAGCUACAGGAAAGAUCAAUAGGCUUGGACGAUCCUUUACCAGAGCUCGAGAUUACGAUGCUACAGGCUCACAAACACGUUUUGUUCAAUGUCCAGAGGGCGAAUUGCAGAAGCGCAAGGAAGUUGUGCACACCGUGACAUUGCAUGAAGUCGACGUGAUUAAUAGCAGAACUCAUGGUUUUUUAGCAUUGUUUUCUGGAGAUACAGGGGAAAUCAAAUCAGAAGUACGAGAUCAAAUAAAUGCCAAAGUUGGGGAAUGGCGAGAAGAAGGCAAGGCAGAAAUAGUCCCGGGUGUACUUUUUAUUGACGAAGUACAUAUGCUGGAUAUUGAAUGUUUCUCAUUUCUUAAUCGUGCGUUGGAGAAUGAAUUGGCUCCAGUCGUAAUUAUGGCGACAAACAGAGGUAUCACGAGAAUCAGAGGGACAAACUAUAAGAGUCCACAUGGCAUUCCGAUCGACUUAUUGGAUCGUAUGAUUAUUGUUCCAACAAGCCCGUAUCAAGAGAAAGAACUAAAGGAAAUUUUGAAAAUAAGAUGCGAAGAAGAAGAUUGCGAAAUGGCUGACGAUGCUCUGACUGUACUAACGAGAAUCGCUUUAGAAACGUCCCUGAGAUACGCGAUACAGUUAAUUACAACAGCUUCUCUUGUCAGUCGUCGAAGGAAAACUACAGAAGUCAGUAUUGAGGAUGUAAAACGAGUUUAUUCUUUAUUUCUCGAUGAAAAUAGAUCAACACAAUUUCUUAAGGAAUAUCAGGACGAUUUUAUGUUCAAUGAAUUCCCUGCAGUUGAAGAAGGCAUGGAUGUUUCUGCAUAAUAAACUAUGAGUAUAAAAACUAGGAGUAUAAAACUAGGAGUAUAAAAAAA